ACAACAGAAGACAAGACAGGCAUUGUAAUCGAUCACCGAUUGUCACUCCGGUUAGCUUCAGCGGCUGCUGCGCCGUGACGAGAGGCUGGCUCGACAAAUAACAACGGCUUUGAAAAACUCUACAACCAGUGAAUUUAAUGGCUGGGACGGAGAAUGUCUUUCUCAGGGCAAAACAUAGAACCUUCCAUGGACUCGGUGAAGAUAUUGAGGAUGGGUGGACGGGGCCGUUCUACUUCAUCCAGGCUGCAGACCCGCAACUUGGCCUAAUGAAGGCAUGGCGGCAAGGCGACUCUAAAAGUGGAGGAGACGAAUGGGCAGAGGAAGUUGAGCUCACCAAACAAACGGUGGAAGCCAUGAACCAGUUACGCCCUCGGCCGAGGUUUAUGGUGCUGUGUGGAGAUCUGGUCCAUGCCAUGCCAGAAACCACUUUCAGAGAUGCUCAGGAACGAGACCUAAAGACGGCAUUGGAGGGGACCGACCCUUCGAUCCCGCUCGUGUUUGUCAGUGGCAAUCAUGACCUUGGAAACACGCCGACCCCCACAACAGUGGAGCAGUACUGCCGUACAUGGGGCGAUGAUUAUUUCAGCUUUUGGGUGGGUGGAGUCCUCUUCCUGGUUCUGAACUCCCAGUUGUUCUACGAUGCUUCUGCCUGCCCUCAGUUCAAGGAGGCUCAGGAAAAAUGGCUGGAGGAGCUUCUGAGCAAAGUCGCAUCCUCCUCUGCACCCAAACACAUCAUUGUGUUCCAGCACAUUCCCCUGUACAUAAAGAAUCCCGAUGAGGAAGACAACUACUUUAACCUACAGAUGGAAGUCAGACAAAAGCUGAUGGACCAAUUUAAGAGAGCUGCUGCAUAUCGGACCAAGGCACAACACCACUUAGUCUUCGUCUGGCUCGUCCGAGUGAGCAGUUCACACCACGGGACUGUUGACCGCAUUCCAGCUCAUAUUAAUGAUAGUGUUUCAGCGUUAUGACCCCCCCGUUGGGCUAAUAAAGCAUCACAGUCCCCUUUUUUUAAUUGCACAAGCACUUACCGUGGAUUGGGGAUGUGACACUCAUUUGUUUGAUAUUAAAUUUAGCUUUUCCUGUUCUUGCCCGUCCUGUCAAUGUUUUCUUUUUCAACUUUUUAAAUCAAGCCUUAUAUUUAGUAUUGUUUGUCCCAAAUUGACUUAAUGACCUCAAAGGUAGUUUUCCAUUUUCCCCGAAGGUGCUUUCAUGCUGCUUCAUCGCUAGCAUACCUGUAAUCGUUGUAAAUAAGGCUCCCUUAGGCUUUUACCGUUACACUUUAGCCAGCGUUUUUGUGGUCGCUGCCAGCAUAAAGUUUACUGUCAUAUUUGUCGAGUAAGUUUGAUGCACUUCUCUUUGAUGAAUAUGGAAACCCCGUGGCUGGCCCACUGGUGUGUUUCUAUUCAAGAGGCAAUUGGAGGAGCAGGAAUCCCACUUGUGCUCUCAGCCUCUCCUCUCACCAUACAGUGGAGUAGAUGGAGGAUUGUAAUUAAAUUCCUAUGCCACCUUGCCUCUGAGAAUUUCUACCCCUCAUCUGGCAUAUUUUCAGCCAACAAAUUGGUUUAUGUACAAAAAGACUGACAAUAUAUUCUUGUACUCCAUAGGAGUGGAAAUUGACGGGGGAAAAAAAACAAUAGCGCGGCUGAGGAAGUCAUCAGGGUUUCCCAAUUUAACCGGUGGCUAUAGAGCAGUGCAUACGUUAGCCAAUUAGCGGGCAAGAUAAGGCAUGUUCUUGUUCUGCCGAUUCUCUGUCGCUUAUUCUCUUCUCGUUAUCAGCGAGGAUGCUUCCACUUUUCAAAAGGGAAAGCACAUUUAUCACCCAGCAGGGAUUUGAUAAGAGGUCACAGCUAAGCCUUUAACCCCACCGUCUUGAUGAUGAGCUUGAACAAGGCUUUUUUUUUUUUUUUACUCGAGUAUCUCGGAGAGUAUCAAGGAGAGGAUUUAUUGUGUCCUCAUGCUUCUAGGACAUCGAUCAAGAUUAGCGAUGAUGAAGCAGUGAGCCUUUAGACCGUAAUAAUAAUAAUAAAUAGAGACGCUGUUCCUUUAUCGUUUUAAAAUGGUAUGUGAUGAGUCUGCGCUGACAUAAAAAUAUACUUUUUUUUUUUUAAUUUCCAAACCCCUUUUGUGUGUCCGUGUGGGUGUUUGUUUGUAACCGGAGGGCAUACAGUAGGAAACGGAUGCUUGGUGGUGACUGAUUUAUGAGAGAUUGUAGCUGGGAGAUGCCUCAACAUCAUUUUGCUUCCCUCUGUCAUGCAAAUUGCCGACACCAUUUCAGAUUUGUAAUCAUUCCGCUGUGCUUUUGAUGACAAUGUUCUCUAUUGCGUGCACUUUGUAUAGGGGAGGAGCCGUUGAAGGUAAAUGGCUUCUUCGGGUCGAUUGGUUGAGACAAACUAAAUGGACAAUUAGUAAAUCCCGGCGAAUCAGUCACCAGCAGAUGAUAGGGUGAUGAAUUAAAAUGGCCGCCUUGAAGAAAGGGUUGGAGGUAUCAAAACGUAAUUAGAUUUUUGUACGCCUUUAAUCUCGCCUUCUAUUUGGUCGUCAUUGUCAGCGGGGGGACAAUACAGCAAAGAACCUUUCUGACUAUUCAACAGACUCAGCAAUUGUGUUAUACACGGAUGCAAUCAGCCCUAUACAUAACAGUCGGGGGGGGAAACAUUUUAAUUUUCCAAACGUAAAUUGUGACUUUUCUCACCCAUCCGAGAAUUCAAUUUGACUGCAUGUAAUGCCUCCUCUCGCCCUUUUGCGUUCUGUAUGUUUUCAUUACUGUAGCUGCUUACUCUAGACUUUUUUUUUUUUCUGAAUGAACAAACAGCUCUCUCUCGCUCCAUCACUCCCACCCACCCUCACAAGUUAAAGCAAAGGCCAAUCCUCUCAUAUGGGAGUCCUUAUCAUUAAAAAAAAAAAAAAAAAGCGGGACUAUUUUCUGGCUUACAGGUAAACAGGAUUUCCACAGAGAGCCAGACAACACCAGGAAUUAUCAACCCAGCGUGUGCAUUUUUUCAAUUCGGGUAGCUAGCUAGCCACUCAGCAAGACCAAAUAUCCCAUACUCGCACGCAUCAUAGCAAGAAAUGUCUUAUAGCGCGUAUUUCACAGCAUUUAUGGCUCAUCGUCAGUAAAUUUUCAUCCUUGAUGUAGCUUGGCUGACUACAGCAGCGACUGGAGCGUUUAAAGGUUUGAAAUCCCAGAGGGCCACCCACACCAACUGCACCGCAAGGCGCUUUGAUAACAAUACACAGUGUGUGAUGUAGGCCUUCUUAUGACGGGGAGAAGUGAAAUCACUUGUUUUAUAUUUGAUCUUUGUCAAAUUAAGGUUAUUUUUUCCCCCCCCAGCUGUCAUUAACAGCGGAAACCUAUAGCAAAGAAUCCAAGGCCACCCGUUGUGAAGCUUUCAAUUCUGCCGGGAAUUAAAGCAGCCUAUGUAGUUUUUUCCCCCUGCAAAUUUCAGAGCGCUCAAAGAUUGAAAUGAAAAUGACUGCACUACCUUGAUUUCAAUUAAAAUGUACGACUUUAUACUUGUAAUACACCGGAGCGGAAUUAUACAGAUAAACAAGAAUUUUCGCAUGGCCAAUGAUUACGCCACAGUGACGCGGCGCCACCGCCGCAGGGCAAAGUCAACCUGCGCCGCUCUGAUGAGAAUGUAGUUUGUAAUUGAAAAUAAAUUGAAAAUCCCGACUCCCUAA